ACAACUGAUGACUCUUACCAAGAAGAAAUUGCCAGAGAAGACGAUUACGAUCAGCCUCAGUCUUUAUUUUCUUCUUUGCUCAAAGGAUAUGCCAAAAAGGUACUUGACUUGGCUAUUCAUGCUAAUAAAGUUGAUGAUUUUGUUAAUAAGAUAGAAUAUGAAAAUGUCAACUCAACAAAUAUUGAUGUUAUUGUUGAAGAUCUGUUACGGGUACAACACAAAGAAAUAAAAAGAGAGGAAGGCAUUGCCAAUAAUGUAGGAAAACUGGCCAUUAUGCUUCAUAAUGCCCAAAUUAA